UAUAACCGUAUACCUCUCAAAAGCACUCUUCAUGGAUAUCACAAGUUUUCUCGUACAUAAUAAUCUCUCGGCCCCUCUCUUCGUUCUAUCAACGAUCUUCUUUCUCUUACUUGUUGUCAGACUAGCCAAACCAACACCCUCAAAGAAUCUCCCACCAGGUCCACCAAGGUUGCCAAUCAUCGGAAACCUACAUCAGGUAGGGGAUAGACCUCACGUCUCUACUGCCAAAUUUGCUAAUCAAUACGGCCCUCUUAUAUCUCUCCGCUUAGGCAAGCAACUUCUUGUGGUUGCCUCUUCACCRGAUGCAKCCAUGGAAAUUCUUAAAACUCAAGAUCGUUUUCUUUCCUCACGUGUUGUGCCUACUGCAUUUCAACAGRCAUCCCUAAUACCUCACUCCCUCAUUUGGUCAGACUGCAAUCACACCUGGAAAAACUUAAGAACCCUUUGCCGAACCGAGAUGUUCUCGGCGAAAGCAUUAGAAUCCCARUCURGAUUACGKGAUGAAAAAUUAGGCSKGUUGUUGGAUUUCUUGCAUGGAAAGCAAGGACAAGUGAUCAACGUGGAGGAUGUAGUUUUUACUACAUUGUUCAACACWUUGAGUUCCAUYAUCUUUGCAAGAGAUUUCCUUGAUUUGAAAGAUGAACGKGGCAGUCRUGAUGGGYUAAAAGAGUCGCUACAUAAAAUCAUUGAGUAUGGAGGGAUUAUAAAAGACUUGGGUUCUUUUUUCCCAAUAUUUGAGAGAUUUGAUCUUCAAGGAAUAAGAAAAGGAACCAUGAAACAAUAUAAAAAGACAUUUGCUUAUUGGGAGGAUAUCGUAGAGGAAAGAAGAAAAGAGUUUCAGUUCUUGAAACUACUUGCCGAUCUCAAAACCACUUCUCUUAAACGAAGACAUGAUGACCAGAAGGAUCCUGAUCACCGUGAGGGGGAGAUCAAAAAGCAAAAGUGGCUGCGUUUUCGAGAGCUCAAGGGGUAG